AUGUCACCAUAUAGACUAGUCUUUGGGAAGUCUUGCCACCUACCAGUUGAGUUGGAGUACAAAACAUACUGGGUUAUUCAAGAGCUGAACAUGGAUUUGAAGGUUGCGAGAGAGAAGAGAUUAUUACAGUUGAGUGAGUUGGAAGAGUUUAGGUUGAAUGCUUAUGAGAAUGCCAAGCUCUACAAAGAAAACACCAAGUAUUGGCAUGACAAGCAUAUCUUGAAGAGAAAUUUUGAGAUCGAGCUACAAGUACUCUUUUUUAACUCACGGUUGAAAUUAUUUCCUGGCAAGCUUCAGUCUAGGUGGUCUAGGCCAUUCAUGGUGACAAGAGUGUAUCCUUAUGGAGCAGUUGAGGUUCAUAACGAAGCCACUGGUGCAUUCAAAGUAAAUGGACAGCGAUUGAAGCCAUAUUUUGUGGGCGACGUGGUACCCAAAGGAGUCACUUACUUGAUGAAAGACUCAAAUUCUGGUUGA